GCUUGCUGUCCGAUCACACACACACUCACUCACACACACACUUCAAAAGAUCAGACGACGCGCAGGACGCUCACGGUCCCUCUAAACAAACCCUCCUGGACAACUUCAUUCGGACUUCUCAGUCACUCUACCCCCCCCAAAUAUCAUUUGGUCUCCUGUGAGCGACACACAUCCUCCUUCCUGCCCUGAGAAUCCAAUUGUUGCCGUGUGUGUGUUGGUUGCUAGAUCUUGGAUGAAGGAGCGGAGCCCAUGCGGACUGCUGCCAUCUGACCCACUCUUAUCAAUGAAGCAGGAGAUCAUGGCGGAGGGUCCCCGGUGUAAGAGGAGAAAACAGGCCAACCCGAGGAGAAAGAACGUGCUGAGUUAUGAAAACGUGGUGGAUGCCAGUUCAGGGUCCGAUGAGGAGGACAGACUCCUGGGUUCUGAGGGUGAAGGCAGUCCAGCAGGUGUGCCGAGUCUGGAGGCCUCACCCCGGGUAGCCGAAGCCCUGCUCUCCUGCCGGGGGGAUGAAGAAAAUGAAAGCCAGGAUGGGGCAGGAGCCCAUUUCUGGCGCCACGGAGACCUGAAUGGUUCAAAGGAGCGAAAAGCGGAGUACAACUCCAUGAGCCCUGACAUCUCUCUCCAUGGAAUUGGAAAUGGUACAGUUAAGGGUAUUGAUGCCUCUUCAGAGCUGGAAAGCUUCUUUGCCAAGAGGAAACUGGAUGACAGUGGGGGACAUGCAGCGAGCAUUGCCGAAUACCUGCAGGAUACCGUUAUCAUUUACCCAGAGGACCCAGAGGAGGGUACACGACUGGGCACACCAGAGGCCAAUGGACAAGAUGAAACUGAAAAUGAUCUGGCACUGAGGACGCCAGAUGCCUUUGCCCAACUGUUGACCUGCCCCUACUGUGACCGGGGCUACAAGCGGCUGACCUCCCUAAAGGAGCACAUCAAGUACCGACAUGAGAAAAACGAUGAGAGCUUCCCCUGUCCCCUGUGCAGUGACACCUUCGCCUACCGCACCCAGCUAGAGCGCCAUAUGGCCACACAUAAGCCUGCCAGAGAUCAGCCUCAACUGCUAAACGAAGGUGCUGGUAACCGCAAAUUCAAAUGCACAGAGUGUGGCAAAGCCUUCAAAUAUAAGCAUCAUUUGAAGGAGCACCUCCGCAUUCACAGUGGUGAAAAGCCAUAUGAGUGCCCCAACUGCAAGAAACGCUUCUCCCACUCUGGCUCCUACAGCUCCCACAUAAGUAGCAAGAAGUGCAUUGGCCUUAUCUCUAUUAAUGGACGGGUACGCCAUGGAGUCAACAGCAAGCCUGGCUCAUCACCAAAUUCUGCUGCAUCCUCCCCUGGCAGUCCUGCCUUAGCUCAGCUCCGUCACAAACUGGAGAACGGCAGGUCCAUGAGCCUCCAAGACCCAUCUGCUCACACAGACAUCAAGUCAGAGCCCAUGGACUUCAAUGAAUACCGUCUAAUGAUUGCGUCUCAACAAGAAUAUGGUGGGUCAGGAGCCUUUCUCAAUGGUGGUGGUCAUGGAGGUAGUCCUCCGGGGAUGCACGGUUCAUCUCAGAACCCCCAGCAACAUCUGGGCAUUGGGUCGGAUUCUCAUCCAUUGAGCUAUACAGGGUUCCUCAACAACAUGUGUGAGGUUCAGAAGGUUCUUCAGAUUGUGGACAACACAGUUUGCCGGCAGAAGAUUGAUGGCAACCCUGAAGAGAUCUCUAAGCUCAGAGCAUACAUGAAGGAAUUAGGCUCCCAGAUGGAGGAGCAGAAUCGGGUACUGGCCUCCCAGCAAGGCUUCCUUGGUGUUGGUCACAACAGUCCCACCAAGACCAUCAUUGACUACACCCUGGAAAAAGUGAAUGAAGCCAAAGCGUGUCUCCAGAGUUUAACAGAAGAUUCUAAGAGACGGGCUGUAGAUAUCAAAAAAGAAAGACCCAGCCACGCCAUGGAUCUUCUAUCUGAAGAUAAAGCACAGGAGAGGGAUGCGCAGUACACACCAUUCUCAUGUCAGUACUGCAAGGAGACGUUUUCUGGCCCUAUUCCAUUACAUCAACACGAGCGAUAUCUCUGCAAGAUGAACGAGGAGAUCAAGGCUGUCCUCAAACCUAAUGAUACUGUACCAACUGGCCACAGGGGCAUUAGGAAGACCAAUGAAAAGCCGCUUGACUCUGUGGACCACUUGAGAGGUGAGACACCCUCACCUUUGAAUCUCUCAUCAUCAUCAUCCAAACACUCACAUAGCAGUUUGUACACCCCUAACAGCCUCGCCUCUGAGGAUGCCCAUGGGGAACCACUGGACUUGUCUUUGCCAAAACAAGUUUCCAAGGCAGAACGGAGGCCAAAACCGAAUGACUUUUCUGUUGACCACAAUAUCAACUCCUUUGCACGUGAACCAGGAGCAGAGCCUUUAAAUCUGGCCCACAUCAAGAAGGAGUUCAAUGGGCCCAACAGUUUGGGCAAUGAAAAUCAGCUGGAGAAAAGCUCGAGCCCUAUCUUUAGCAUAAACCCUUUUGGUGGCGGGCACAUGUACACCUCGCUUCCUCCUCAUGGAGCAUUCCCUCCUCCUACUUUCAUGUCUACGGCUCAAGCCAGCAUCCCGGGACUCAGGCCCUACCCAGGGUUGGAUCCCAUGAGUUUCCUUCCACCUAUGGCUUAUACUUACGCGGCAGGGGCAGCCACUUUUGCUGAGAUGCAGCAACGCCGGAAGUACCAGCGGAAACCAGGCUUCCAGGGGGAGCUACUGGACAGUGCAGGGGACUAUCUGUCAGGGCUAGAGGACCUGACAGACAGCGAGUCGCUGCUCGCCCGGAAGAAGAUUAAGAAGACUGAAAGUGGUAUGUACGCGUGUGACUUGUGCGACAAAACAUUCCAGAAGACCAGUUCCCUCCUAAGACACAAAUAUGAGCACACAGGAAAGCGGCCUCACCAGUGCCAGAUUUGCAAGAAGGCCUUCAAACACAAGCACCACCUCAUCGAGCACUCACGCCUACAUUCAGGCGAGAAACCCUACCAGUGCGACAAAUGUGGCAAGCGCUUCUCCCAUUCUGGCUCUUACUCGCAGCACAUGAACCACCGAUAUUCCUACUGCAAACGGGAGGCGGAGGAGCGCGAGGCCGCCAAACAAGAUAACCACGACAAUGACGGACCCUUGGAGCCCACAGAGCUCCUCAUGCGUCGGGCUUACUUUCAAGGCCUCGGGCCGCUGGGCUUUUCGGAUCCAGAGGACCAGACCGAGGACAUCACACGAGAAAACACCAUCUUGAGAGAGGGUUCUGAGGGCAGCGCCAGGGAGGCAGAGGAGGCAUAUCCGGAAGUGACUGACAGGCAAGAGACAAGGUUGGCUGACGAAGAGGAAAUGGAGACUGAGGGCCAGAGAUUUUACACUCGGAGCCCUGAUGGGACAGCAAAAGAUGAGAAAAAGAGCGAAGUAAUGGGAGGGACAGAAGACGAGAGCUCGGAAGAGGGGAAAAUGGUGAGCAAAAGAAAUCCUGACGGCAAGAAUGAGGAUGCUGAUUAACUACUGCAUUUUGGAAUAGCUUCCUGUAUUCUAUGUUUUCUUUUUCCCUCAAGCUUGCAUCGCGCCCUUCUUCCACCCUUUUGAAGG